AUGUGGUCUUAUCUCUUGCUCAGUCUGUUUGUCGUUCAAGUCCUCGCUGUAUGGCCGAUACCAUCGAACAUCACGACGGGAGAAGAGGUGUUAUUUGUGGAUCGCAGAGUCAAGUUCAUCUUCAAUGGUGCCGUACAGCACGGGAAUUACGAUCGCCACAAUGUGUCAUCUCAAAAGGUCAUUUCUACAGCUAUCAAAACGACUUCCCAGACUCUGUUCGAACAGAACUUCAUUCCGUGGAAGUUUCAUCCUCGCCAUUCCAACUUCGAGCCUGCGAUAAAUGCUUCUUGCACCUACAUCAAGACGGUGCACUUAGAACAGACUGAGGCUGAUCCAGUAAAUGUAACGAAGCCUCUGGCCGGCGAGGUCGACGAAUCUUACUCGCUGUAUAUUGCGACCGAUGGCCAAGCUACCAUCACUGCGGCCACCUCGGUUGGCAUUGCUCAUGGCUUGACAACCUUCACACAGCUGUUCUACAAGCAUUCCAGCGGCGCGGUCUACACAACUCAUGCUCCGGUCUCGAUCACGGAUGCUCCCAAAUUCCAGCACAGAGGUCUCAACAUGGACGUCUCGCGAGUAUGGUACGCGCCCACUGAUAUCACGCGAAUGAUCGAUGCUCUGGCGUACAACAAGUUCAAUCGUCUCCAUCUUCACAUUACUGAUGCUCAAUCAUGGCCAAUCGAGAUCCCAGCAUUACCGAUGUUGGCCGAGAAAGGAUCGUACCGAGAAGGUCUUACAUACGAUCCUUCGACAAUGGCGUAUAUCCAAGACUAUGGUGCCUCUCGCGGUGUGGAGGUGAUUCUUGAGAUUGACAUGCCAGGCCAUACCUCAUCUAUCGCAUAUUCGUACCCUGAGCUGAUAGCGGCGUUCAACGAAGAGGACUGGUCAAAGUACGCCGCCGAGCCACCAUCUGGCACCCUGAAGUUGAACUCCUCGGCCGUGACUGAAUUUUUGGACACUCUGUUCGAUGACCUGCUGCCACGAGUUCUGCCAUAUUCGUCAUAUUUCCACACAGGUGGCGAUGAGGUCAAUGUCAAUGCCUACAACCUCGAUGACACCGUGCGCUCAAAUGAUACUGCAAUCCUACAGCCUUUGAUGCAGGCAUUUGUCGAUAGAGCUCAUGCCAAGGUACGAGCUGCAGGUCUGACUCCAAUUGCGUGGGAGGAAAUGCUCUUGACCUGGAAUCUUACGCUUGGAUCUGAUGUGGUCGUCCAGACCUGGCAGAGCGAUGAGGCAGUAGCGCAAACUGUGAGCAAAGGUCACAAAGCUCUUGUAGGCAAUUACAACUACUGGUACCUCGAUUGUGGUCAUGGCCAGUGGCUUGACUUUUAUCCCGAUGUGUCGCAGACCUACUACCCAUACUAUGAUUACUGCGCACCAUUGCACAAUUGGAGAAUGAUGUAUGCCUACGACCCACUCAACGGCGUGCCUGGAAAUCUUACACAUCUCGUUCUGGGCGGCGAAGUUCACAUCUGGAGCGAGCAGACCGAUCCUGUCAACAUCGACAGACAGGUAUGGCCACGUGCCUGUGCAGCCGCCGAGGUUCUCUGGAGCGGCGCCAAAGACGAAAAUGGGCAGAAUCGCAGUCAGAUCACUGCAAGUCCAAGAUUGAGCGAGAUGCGAGAGCGUUUAGUGGCGAAAGGCAUUGGCGCCGAGCCCAUUCAAAUGCCAUUCUGCAAGAUCGGUUGUGUGGGACAACUCAUCGCAACCAUGGCCGUCAAUCGGUCCGACGCCUCUUCCUCUGGACACAGCCCUAUCUUGCUCGCCCUGGGCGGAAUAGUCCUCCUUCUACUCGCCCAACAUCUAUUUGCAAGAAUACAGGAGGAGCGCAAAAUCCGAUCGCUAGGAACGCAUGCCAAAACAGUCCACUCAUGGGUUCCAUUUGGGCUAGGCUUCAUUGCAAGAACACUGCGCGAUCAACGCAAUCACAAUUUGCUCGCAGGAUGGUAUACGACUUUUGCAGACCGUUCUGCAGUUCACCCAUUCACCCGUGAGAUAAGAACCAUCGGAAUGCGACUAGUCUUGACCGCCGACGAGGAAAACAUCAAGGCCAUUCUUGCCACACAAUUUGGUGAUUAUGGCAAGGGUGCACAAUUCAAUUCCGAAUGGCACGACUUCUUGGGAGACAGCAUCUUCACCACUGAUGGAGAAAGAUGGCAUGCAUCUCGUCAACUCCUCCGCCCUCAGUUCAUCAAAGACCGCGUCUCCGACUUAGCAGUGUUUGAAAAACAUCUGGAAGUUCUCCUUCCUAUGCUCGGCGGAACCAAGAAUUCGCAAACCGUAGAUGCGAUGGAUCUAUUCUUCAAAUUCACAUUGGAUGCCAGCACAGCUUUCUUGCUUGGUCACAGUGUGAACAGCUUGGAGAACCCUCAGGAUCGUUUCGCUGACGCCUUUGCCACGAUCCAGAACGUUCAAUCCACCAUCGCUCGUGUGGGACCUCUAAAUCGUUUCGUACCCCGCAAAGCCUUCCACGCUUCCAUCAAAAUCAUGGAAGAGUUCAUGCAGCCAUUCAUCGAAGAGACUCUGCAGUUGACUCCGGAAGAGCUCGAGAAGAAGUCCAAGUCAGAUGAAGGCUACAACUUCUUGUAUGCGCUUGCUAGCUUCACCCGUGAUCGCACGGUUUUGAGAGAUCAGUUGGCUGCCGUGUUGCUCGCUGGACGUGACACCACUGCCUGCACUCUCUCAUGGCUGUUCAGUGAGAUUUCCAGAAGACCUGACAUCGUCGCGAAGCUGCGACGCGAGAUUGAAGAGCAUGUGGGUAUGGAAGACAAGCCAACCUAUGCUCAUCUGAAGAACAUGCGAUAUCUCACUCACGUCAUGAACGAGACAUUGAGACUAUAUCCUAUUGUUCCCUUCAACGUCAGAGUUGCUUUGAAGGAUACCACUUUGCCGCGCGGUGGUGGUCCUGACGGCACUCAGCCGAUUGGUGUUCCUGCCAACACGCCUAUCGGAUACUCGACCUUAUUCUUACAGCAUCGCGAAGACAUCUACCCACCGACCUCCGAGAAAUUCCCUCAUUACCUCAGCUUUGAGCCCGAUCGAUGGGACAGAUGGACACCAAAGAUGUGGACAUACAUCCCAUUCAACGGUGGACCACGCAUUUGUAUCGGUCAACAAUUUGCUCUGACCGAAGUGGCAUACACAACUGUCCGCAUCUUGCAAACAUACUCGCGGAUUGAAUGCAAGAUGGCCGAGCGUCCAAAGAUGAAGAUCGAUAUCGUGACCCAGCCAGCUGAGCCAAUCAACCUCGUUUUCCACAAAGAUUAG